CUUCAAUUUGGAGCCACAAGGAAGAAGUAAACUCGCAAAACAGUGGUGUGUUUGUGUGGUACAUUAACUUAUCCCUCACCCCUGGUAUCGCGUUUUCGCCUACCUUCGUUCCCUGAAAAAAAUGAUGGCUUCAUCGUCAUCUCUAAUGGCGACUCUUCCUCAUUCAUCUUCUUCCAUUGUCACUACUAGAAAUGAUUCUUCGUCAAGACCACGCUCAAAUCUUGUUUUCCCUCGUACUUCUGUUAGUGUCAAAACGUCUACUAGAUUCACUCCAAGACGUCCAUCUGUAUCUCUCCGCCAAAGUAAUUUUGUUGGGCAGAGGUGUCUGCGUGAAGGUGGAACUGGAAAGUUGCAGUCUCGUAUGAGCAGGAAAAGUGUAUGGAAACAGUAUAAUUCUAUUUUGGGUGAUCCAGUCAGUACAAGGAGCUUGCAAGAAAGACCAACGUGCAUUUCUUGUUUCCCAGAUCAUCACAGGCAUAGAUGCAAUGCUAAGUCACUUUUGCGCGGAUUCUUGCAUGACAAGUCAAAUUUCCACUUGUCAAAGUUAUCGUCAAGCGAACUAUCUCCAGUUCAUGUUGCAUAUGCAACUCCAGGUCCGGAUGAGCCACAUGUUGCUAGUCCAACCUGGACAGAUGCCAUCAUAGAUAAACAAGGAGUAGAUUUCUUGGAUCCCGAAGCUUCAAAAGUAGAUUUAGAGGGAUUUUUAAGAUAUCCACUUCCGUCUCACCCAAAGUUGCAUCGAGGGCAACUGCAAAAUGGACUUCGCUAUAUUAUUCUACCUAACAAGUUUCCGGGAGAAAGAUUUGAAGCACACAUGGAGAUCCAUGCUGGAUCUAUAGACGAGGAAGAAGAUGAGCAAGGAAUCGCCCAUAUGAUUGAACAUGUAGCAUUUCUGGGAAGUAAGAAGCGUGAAAAGCUACUGGGGACAGGAGCACGCUCAAAUGCUUACACAGAUUUCCAUCAUACAGUGUUUCAUAUUCAUUCUCCUACAAGUACAAAGGACUCUGAUGGGGAGCUACUUCCAUUUGUACUGGAUGCUCUGAAUGAGAUAGCUUUUCACCCUAAAUUUCUUGCUAAUCGGGUUGAGAAAGAGAGACGCGCGAUCCUAUCAGAACUGCAGAUGAUGAAUACCAUAGAGUAUCGUGUAGAUUGCAAUUUGCUCCAGCAUUUGCAUUCAGAAAACAAGUUGAGUGAAAGAUUCCCAAUUGGAUUAGAGGAACAGAUUAAGAAGUGGGAUUCCGAUAAAAUUAGGAAAUUUCACGAGCGCUGGUACUUCCCAGCAAAUGCCACCUUAUACAUAGUCGGGGAUAUCGAUAACAUUCCCAAGAUAGAGUAUCAGAUUGAGGCUGUGUUUGGACGAGCAGGUAUAGAAAAUGAAACAGCCUCAGUUCCAGCUCCAGCUCCUAGUGCUUUCGGUGCUAUGGCGAACUUUCUUGUCCCAAAACUUCCAGGCGGACUGGCUGCAAGUUUAUCAAAUGAAAGGUCACCUCUUUCUAUGGAUAAAUCAAAAGUUUUGAAGAAAGAGAGGCAUGCUGUUCGUCCUCCAGUCAAGCAUAAAUGGUCUCUUCCUGGUGCCGGCAUGGAUGCUAACCCACCGGAGAUUUUCCAACACGAGUUGCUUCAAAACUUCUCAAUCAAUAUGUUCUGCAAGGUUCCCAUAAGCAAGGUUCAAACAUAUGGUGACUUGCGAAAUGUUCUGAUGAAGAGAAUAUUUCUCUCAGCUUUGCAUUUCCGGAUUAACACCAGAUAUAAGAGUUCAAAUCCUCCUUUCACAUCAAUCGAAUUGGAUCACAGUGAUUCUGCAAGAGAAGGCUGUACUGUGACUACUCUCACUGUAACUGCAGAACCCAAGAACUGGGACAAUGCGAUCAAAGUUGCAGUACAUGAGGUUCGUCGGCUUAAAGAGUUCGGGGUGACGAAAGGUGAAUUGGCUCGUUACUUGGAUGCACUAAUAAAAGAUAGUGAACAUGUAGCGGCGAUGAUUGAUAAUGUCCAAUCAGUUGAUAAUCUGGAUUUUGUCAUGGAGAGUGAUGCAGUGGGUCAUACAGUUAUGGACCAAAUACAGGGACAUGAAUGUCUGGUUGCUGUUGCUGAAACAGUUACACUCGAAGAAGUCAACUCAAUUGGUGCAGAGGUGCUUGAGUUUAUAUCUGACUUUGGAGAAUCUACUGCACCACUUCCUGCAGCAAUUGUCGCGUGUGUUCCGAAAAAAAUUCAUAUUGAUGGGGUUGGUGAAACGGAAUUUAAGAUUUCACCUAUGGAAAUUACAGGGGCUAUUAAAGAAGGUUUGAAGGUACCCAUCGAAGCUGAACCAGAGCUGGAGGUGCCAAAAGAAUUGAUAUCAUCAUCACAGUUGCAGGAACUAAGGUUACAACGUGCACCAUCCUUUGUUCCGUUAAGUCAAGGAGUUGAUACCCCUAUAGUGUACGAUAAAGAAACAGGCAUCACACAGUGCCGCCUUUCAAACGGGAUUUCUGUGAAUUACAAGAUUACACAACAUGAAUCUAAGGCUGGUGUCAUGCGAUUGAUAGUUGGUGGUGGAAGAGCGACAGAAGAUUCUGAUUCAAGAGGAGCUGUAAUAGUUGGGGUUCGAACUCUUAGUGAAGGAGGUCGUGUUGGCAACUUUUCGAGGGAGCAGGUAGAACUUUUCUGUGUGAACCACCUAAUAAAUUGCUCUUUGGAGUCCACAGAGGAAUUUAUUUGUAUGGAAUUCCGAUUCACACGCAGAGAUGGUGGAAUGCGUGCUGCGUUCCAAUUACUUCACAUGGUGCUUGAGCAUAGUGUCUGGUUAGAGGAUGCAUUUGAUAGAGCAAAACAGCUAUAUCUAUCAUAUUAUAGAUCCAUUCCUAAAAGCUUAGAGAGGUCAACUGCUCACAAGCUUAUGUUGGCAAUGUUGAAUGGAGAUGAACGUUUUGUUGAGCCUACACCCCAUUCGUUGCAGAAGUUAACUCUGCAGACAGUCAAAGAUGCCGUAAUGAGUCAAUUUUUUGGGGAUAACAUGGAGGUAAGUAUUGUUGGAGAUUUCACAGAAAAUGAUAUCGAGUCUUGUAUUCUUGAUUAUCUGGGGACAGUUGGAGCAACAAAAAGGGAUGGGUUAGUGAACGGCUUCAACCCUGUCAUGUUUCGAUGUUCUCCAUCUGAUUUGAUGUUUCAACAAGUAUUCUUGAAAGACACUGAUGAGAGAGCAUGUGCGUAUAUUGCUGGUCCUGCACCAAACCGCUGGGGACUCACUGUUGAUGGACAAGAUCUUUUCCGGUCUAUUGAUAAUGGCUCACCUACAGAAGUUGCACAGUCAAGUCACGACUUGCCCUCCCUGGAAAAUAAGGAAGCUGUUGAUGAGAAUCCACUGAAUCUUCGCAGUCAUCCUCUAUUCUUUGGUAUCACACUGGGGCUUUUGGCGGAGAUAAUAAAUUCCAGGUUAUUUACAACGGUGAGGGAUUCUUUGGGGUUAACAUAUGAUGUCUCAUUUGAACUAAACCUGUUUGAUAGGCUGAAUCUCGGGUGGUAUGUGAUCUCAGUCACAUCGACUCCUGGCAAGGUUUACAAAGCUGUUGAUGCAUGUAAGAAUGUUCUUAGAGGUUUGCACAGCAGCAAGAUUGCCCUAAGGGAGCUAGACAGGGCGAAACGGACACUUUUGAUGAGACAUGAAGCUGAGACCAAACAAAAUGCUUAUUGGCUGGGAUUGUUAGCGCACUUGCAGGCCUCUUCUGUUCCAAGAAAGGACAUUUCAUGCAUUAAAGACCUGACUUUGCUGUAUGAAGCUGCUACUAUUGAGGAUAUUUACGAGGCAUAUAAUCAGCUGAAAAUAGACGAGAAUUCAUUAUUUUCAUGCAUUGGAGUUGCUGGGUCGCAGGCGGGCAAAGAUGUCAAUGAGCUGUUAGAAGAGGAAGAAUCAGACAUUGGACAUUCAGGUGUUCUCCCCAGCAGCCGUGGUCGAUCAACAAUGACACGACCAACAACAUGAACAUUCUCUGCUCGAAAUUAGUCAUUAGAUCAUAUACAACUAGGUUCCUGCAGAAACUCAGAAAGAAGAGAGGGGUGGACAGUGAGGAAUCGUCAAAUCACUGUGAGACCAGACCAAAUUUAAAGAGGAAGCAGAAGUAUGCCACGGUCCCCGAAACUUUUGAAAGCUUUCAAAUCUGUACCAUAUAAUUCUUUCGUUUUCCCCUGUGCAUCACUACUGAGACAUAAGUAAGAUAGGAAGCGGGAAAAUGGCCAAGAUAUGUAAAAUUUUAAAGCUUUCAGCUUUCAAGAUUUGGAAAAUUUGUAUCAUACAAGUUUUACCUUUUGGCAGUAGCAAAAGUCCACGGGAAAACAAUGUCUUCUUCCUUCCUUCCCCUUCUGUAUUUAUUAUUCAAUUAUAUUUUAUAUACUGACUUAAUAAGGAGAUCUUUUUUUUAAGCAUUGGAGAAUUUUGUUGAUUUUA